GGCUUCGUAAAUGACAUUGGAUAUUGGUGUAGCUUAGUCUUAGCCUACUUGUUUAUUAUUAUUUAAAUUAGUAUAACAAAUUGGAUAUUUGUGCACUUUGUAGUAAGUACUCUCAUCGUUAGAUGAAGUAUGUGUUAAAACAGACAGCAAUAUGCCAGCGUCGUAAACUGAAAUUAAAUUGGAAACAUGAAUACAUACACUAUGAUAUUCCUGCCUAUUUAGAUAUACUCUUGUAAUGUAAGCAACUGUCAGGUGAUGCGUUUUUGAUUUUAAAAUGCUUGAUCAUCUAUUUUCGGCAUGGAUGUGGUUUGGAUCAAACCGUCCAGGUUAUUGUAGUGGAACGUUUUUAAUACUCCUGUUAAUUUUGUCGACUUGGCUCUGUGGUAUUCACGCCAGCCUAAGUUUAGGACCAGGCGGGGAUUUUCCUGGAUUUUAUGAUUUCAUCUUCUACGCCUUCAGUAAUGAGGAGUUGACCUCAUUUCUCCACAACAUCACUCUGCUGCUGUGGCUCGGGCCCUGCCAGGAGAGAAGAUGGGGCACUUUUGUCUUCCUAGCCCUCUCGUUUAUCUCUACUGUGCUCCUUCCUCCUAUUUAUUCCCUCUUUCUCUUUGUUACUGGGGAUGAAGCCAGCAGGGUCAGUGGUUACUCAGCCACCCACCUUGCCCUCCUCACAGCUCAGUGUCGGCAGGUGAAGCAGAGGAGAGUCUUGCGCUUUGUUCCUGUCUGGUCCUUGCCUUGGCUGCUCUUGAUCCUCGACCUCUUCCUGCUUCCCGGUGCUGCUGGCCUGCUGCACUUUUAUGCCAUUUGCCUGGGUCUCAACUACAAUAAUGAGUUUAUUGAACUAUUGGAGCAGAUAGAGAAGCUGGGUGCUUGUGCCUGCUUGCCAAAAUGGGCUUACAUCUCAGUUACCUCUCAUUCACACCUGCCUCUUUACCACAACACCUCAAUAAGACCUGAGCCAUCAACCAGCAGAUCCCAGUUGGAAGAUCAUUCUGCGUGGCAGCAUUCAGUGUCUGAGUGGCAUCAGGAGCCUUUGAUGGCAACCGAUUCACAGCUGUUAGAGGAGGAGAUGCUGAGAGCAGGGAUACUAGCAUCACUCCACGACGCACCUGAAGGUGUUGCGGACAAAGUGGAAGUAUCCAAGUCCUCGGUGUCCUCUAUACGGUUGCAACAGCUAGAGAAGAUGGGCUUCCCCACAGAGAAAGCUGUUGUGGCUCUGGCUGCUACAGGACAGCUGGAUGGAGCAAUCUCUUUGCUCAUUGAUGAUCAGAUUGGGGAGGAGGCUGUGGUCAUCUCAAAAGGAAAGAAGUCAUCAUCAGCAUCAUAGCUCAGGGAUAAUGCUUCAAAUAAAAACUGUACUAUAGGAUUGCUCUAUAUCAUUCCAUUACUCAAGCAACAGUUCUACCAUAAAUGAAAAUUUGCUGAAAAUUCACUCACUCUCAGGGCAUCCAAAAUGAUGAUUAGUUUGUGUCUUCACUGGAACAGAUUUGGAGAAAUGUAGUAUUACAUCCCUUGGGUGCCCUAAGAAUGAGAGUCCAAACAGCCAAUAAAAACAUCACAUGAAAUCGUAUGGAUUGCUGUGAUAUUUUAAUAGCUGUUUGAACUCUAAUUCUGACAGCACCCAUUCACUCCAUCAAUGAGCUAGUGACAUAAUGCUACAUUUCUCCAAACCUGUUCUGAAGAAGAAAUUCAGCUGUCUCUUGGAUAACUUAAGGGCGAGUACACUUUUAGCAAAUUUGAAUUUUUUUGUGAACUACUACUUUUAGCGAGGCACCGAUCUUCAAUUUGAACUGUAACUGUGUAUUUACUACUUCAUGACUUGCUGAUUAUGGGUGGUGUGGAUUGUGAAAUUAAUAUAUUUCUAUUAUGCUGUUGGCAGCUUUUAUGAUAAAAGUUUAAAGAAUGGAAAAACACUCUGAACAGCAACCAAACUGUUCCAGUGGAUGGGACAUGGACGUUCCAAGAAACUUCUCCACGGAUAUGCUAUCAUUAAAUCCACAUUAGCAGACUGUCAGGCCAGGAGAGUCAUGUGCAUAUGUCAGUAUUUUAGUCAAGGUUUCUUGGCUACAGAAUCUUCAUUAAAAUAUCACAAAUUAAACAUUCAGGUUUACGAGUAUUGAUAAAAACAUGGAUUGUCUUAAAAAUAGAAACACACAACAAAGUUUAUUUCAUUUUAACAUCAAUUGGUAAGACUCUGCACACUGGCGAGACAAGUUCACACAAGAGGCUAGAAAUGGAAAAAAAUACAGGUGACGUUACAUGAAUUGGUAUACAGAGUAGAGAAAACAUCAAUUGCUAAUAGUCAUCUAUAAAUAAUUAAUACAACAAUAUUUUAUAUAGGAAUAGAAAGGUAUUGAGAAAGGAAACCCAUGCCUCUGUUGUGCAUGUAACUGUGAUGAAAAGACAUGCAUGAAACAUGGAAACAGAAUUCAAGUUAUAUGAGUAGUUUUCCUGCUUCCCCUUGUGCUCCAGUUGGAUAUUGUGUAGUUUAUGGUUCUGUCUCCUCUAGCUCACACAAUUGCACAUUUUUAGUUUAUUUAUUAUAGGGUUACUUAAUAAUUGUUGUCCUGAACUAGAGGAGAUUCCUAAAAUUUGAUUCAGAGCUACUUAAAAUCAUGCUCAAAUGCAUGUUUUAACAAAAAGAGAAAAAAAAAA